AUGAAAGUCACGAAGGCCCAUUUUGGUGAACCAAGUAAGGUCAAGUUGCAAUUGAAUAUUGUCAAAGAGAGGUUGUGGAGUGCCAUCCCCUACUCCGCCAAGGAAUUUCCUUGGAGAAAAGCUGAGGAUGUGCUGUUUAAGCGAUUACUGCUAGUUGGUCAGAAGGCAUUUAAAUGGUCCCUUAUAACACUUUUCCUGUUUAGUUCUCUAUCCGAUGUUAUGUUUUCCAUCUCUAGAAACCGGGAAUUGAUGAUUCCUUUUGGUCUUCUAGUUGGCUGCUUGAUGACUGACUUCUUGAAAGAGAUAUCAAUGGAAGUGUUUCAAGCUCCAGAGGAGAACCCAGGAAAGUGGAGAGACACCGAUAAGAUUGGUAGUAGACACCUGGGCGGAUCAUUCGUGGAUGCUGCAUUGAUUAGUAGGGGUUCAGGGCAACAACAAUUUAAAUCUGUCAAGAACGAUCUCUUACUUGUACGCAACAACAAUAGAUCGCUUAAAUGCAUGCACAUCAAAUGUUCUGGUCCGCAACCGAUAAACACUGAGUACAAAUAA